UUUGUCCUUGAAAGUAAGAAAUGGGUGAGAAGAAGAAGGCUGGUGCAAUGUUGGUGAGGCUUGUUUCGGCCGCUGGGACAGGAUUCUUCUACGUGGUGAAGAAGACCAAGAGGCUUCAAAGCAGUCAGAUAAAACUCGAGUUUCGAAAAUACGACCCUCGUGUUAAUCGCCAUGUCCUCUUCACCGAGGCCAAGAUGAAGUGAGUCAAAUUCCGCAUUUCCUCGUUGAAGGAAGCAUGCAAAAUUAAUCAAAUUGAUUUGUCGAUCACGAGUUUCUAGGUUGGUGUUACUUUGAAUUGAACAAUUUCUCAGAUGAAAUCGGCUGAAUAGAGCUAUUUUAUUGAAAUUUGUCGUUCUAAAUGGUGAUAACUGAUAAGCUACUUGGAAUUUGUGGUUUUAUAUUGUUGAUCGUUGAGAAUCUUUAACACCUUAAACUGCUGAUGAUUGACAUUAUAGCUUAUGUUCUAGUGAUUAAGUCGUAUUUUUAUUUUUA